GUCUCUGGACUCAGGACUCAGCAGUGCUUUACAAGACUUAUCUGCCACAGACACUCACCUUGUUGAGGUGGAUGGGGAAACGCUCUCCCUGUAUGGCUCAGGGGCCCUGGAGUGCCUGGACCGGAACUGGAGUGUUCAGACAGCAGGGAUGGUGACCACAGUCUCCUUUACUUUCAUCGAAUUUGAUGAAAUAGUUCAAGUGCUUCCCAAAUUGAAGAUGAAGUUUCCUAAUUCUCUGCACCUUAAAUUCAAGGAAACUAAUCUUGUCAUGCUGCAGCAGUUUAAUGCACUAGCACAGCUUCGUCGUAUUGACCAACUCACAAUUGAUCCUCAAGGAAAUCCAGUAGUUAAUUUUACACUCUGGAAAUACUAUGUCCUAUUUAGACUGAGCCAUUUUAAUAUGCAGAAAAUAAAUGGAACAGAGGUGACACAGAAUGAUAUGAUAAUGGCUGAAAGACUCUUUGGAAUCCUGGCACAUGUAGCAUCUUCCGAGUUACCUCAAUACCGCAUGAUUUCAAUACUGGGUGAUGCCAGGAAGAAACAAUUUCGAUAUCUGAUAGAAACCAAAGGAAAAAAGCCUGUUAUUAUCAAUGAAGAGACUAAUGAUAGCAAAAGACUUGUAGGAGAAAAUUCGAAUCGGUCCACACUAAAUUAUACCACAAGAGAAUUCUAUAAUGAAAAACUAGAGGAAAUAAAGGAAAAGAAGAAAUUCUGCAAGAAUUAUAUCGAGGACCUUGUGAAGGAAGCCACAGAAAUCAACAUGAAAAAUGAGGCUUUGCAGAAAUUGUGGCCACAAAUGUUCAUCGAGUUUGUGAGGGAUGCAGUCAUAGAAAUCCGCAAUAAAAAUUCCUAUAUGAAGCUUUGCCUGCAGCAGAUAGCUGAACAAAAAUAGAAAUGGCUUUUAGUUACCAUUGAUUUCAGCUCUUUUAUGAUUUUGAAGGUUGAAAUAGGUUUAACUUGUUAAGACAACAAUAGCACUAUCCUGCAAACUAGAAAGGCUAACAUCAGAGCAUGACUACCUGCUGUAAAGAUUGGGAAGGAGAGAAAGCGAGAAAAAAGGGAAGAUGAACUCUGGUCACCAAACAGCUUGGCAGCUCAUCAGUGUUUCCAGCUAGCUUGAGCCCUGACUUGGCUCUGCAUCCUGACUCUGGCUUUGAUUGGUUACCCCUGCUACAGCCCAAAGUACAUCAUGUUUUCUCAUCCUUGGGCAUGAAUUAAUUGUACCUACUUUCAGCUGACAAUUUCUGGUUAUUUGCCUUUUUAAUCUUAUGCCAUGAUUUAAAAGCCCCCAAGGAUGUGUUCUUUUCUAUGGCGAAGAAUAAACUUAUUUAAAAAAAUCAGUUUGGAAAAACUUUUUCUUCCCA